AGAAACAGCGAGGGAGAGAGAGAGAUAGAAAGAUCGCGAUCGAAAUCGAGAGGCAUGGCAAGCAAGCGACUGAGUCUGAUGCUGGAGGAGCCACUGCACUCCAACGAUGGCGCCAGCAAUCUGGAACAGCGCUCGGCCAAGCGGCACAAGGUAAGCGACGAGUCGCCACUGCAGCGCAUGCUGCAGCGUCAGAUCUCCGGCGGCAACUGCACCGUACACCUCUCGCCGAUCACCGAGCUGGCGCACAAUAUGCGCGACACACAGCUGGAUGGCGGCGGCUGUGGGACGCCCAAGUCGAGCACGCUGCGCAGCUACAGCAGCAUCUCGUCCAGCUACGACUCCAGCAACUCUCUGGAUGACGAAUAUAUGGCCAUGUUUGAGCUGGAGUCAAUGGAGCAGCGGCCGCUGGACAAGCUGCCCGGCGAUCUGGAUGCACUGAUCAGCGGGCAGCUGAAGAGCACCAGCAUGGGCACGGCACGCAAUAGGACCGUGCGCCGUUGCCUCAGCAUGUCCGAGCAACAACUGGAGGAGGAGCAGGAUCAGCAGCAGCACGAUCAGCCGCAGAAGGUGUUAUCUCAGGCCGUGACGCCGGUUAAGACGAGCAACGUUAGCAUGCGCAAAGCCGCCUCCAUGAACGAUGCGGACAUCAUGAACGCCCUGGCCGACGAGCCGGAGCUGAUCGGGGAUCUCAGUAAGCCGUGUGCCCUGCCCGUGCUGCUGCACGGCGUGCGGCAUCGCGAUCUGAAGACCAUCUCGUGCGAGACGCUGGCGCGUCUAAUGCGCGGCGAAUUCGCCGAACUCCAGAAUCACUACCAGAUCAUCGACUGUCGUUAUCCGUACGAAUACGAAGGCGGCCACAUACGUGGCGCCCUCAAUCUCUAUACGCGCGCCCAGAUCAAGGACGCAUUCCCACCGUGCGAUCAGAUCGCUGACCAGCACCGCAUCUACGUCUUCCACUGCGAAUUCUCCUCGGAGCGUGGACCGAAACUGUUGCGCUACUUGCGCAGCAACGAUCGCAACGAGCACACCCACAACUAUCCCACGCUCGACUAUCCCGAGCUGUAUCUGCUGCACAACGGCUACAAGGAGUUCUAUGCCAGCUAUACGGAUCUCUGUGAGCCCUGCGACUAUGUGCCGAUGCUGGCGCCAGCCCACAAUGAGGAGUAUCGUCUGUUUCGGGCCAAGACCAAGUCGUGGCAGUGCGCCGAUAGCGAUGGCGGCGACAGCGGCAUUGGCGGUACAGAUGGUCACUUAUCCUCCUCCUCUUCGUCCUCGAGGCGGGGGCGCACUCUGCACAAAUCACGAUCCCGCCUGCUCUAUGCAGAAGAAUAGAAUACCUGAGGAUAUGGCCAUGAUGGAGCUCAAGCAAACGAUCUAGAAUUUAGAGUGUCAUUCUGUUGCAUUGAUGAUGCGCAGCGUUGCCGGACUGUUUCAACGAUCGAGCCAUUCGCAUAAGAUCUAGUUAGUUUAGAUGUUUAACCCAAAGGACGCAAAUUUGAAGUUUCGUUAAGUUGAUGCGUUUUCCCAUAUAUGUUAAGUGGAAUUUAUGUGAUUGUUUAACUUGAUUUUACGCUUUACAGUUAGCUGUUAACGGUUUACGAUUUACGGUUCUGGUUCAUUGUUAACAGUUCUCAAAUGUUACCCCAAAAAUGUCCUCUAGUCAGUGCAACAAAAUUUAUAUUUUUAAGCUAUUUUCGAUUGUCAUCCCUAUGUAUG